AUGAUGAGAAGAUCAAAGCGCCAAACUAAGGGCAACAAUAGCAAGUCCAUUGAUGAGACUGAUUAAGUAGAAUAGCAGUAACCAGCACAAACCAAGCUAAUUCAAAAAAAAUCAAAGAAAGUAUCAUAAUAAAAUCACCAAGAAGAAGCAUAAAAUAAUUUUUAAAUCUCAUCCACCAAGAGAGAGCUAGAUAGUGUUGUAGUAAAUCUUGCUGCUCAGCUAGAAAAGGCCUCCAAUGCUUAAGAUGCUGCUGAAAGUGGACGCCCUAAAAGAGUCAGAAAAAUUACUGAAAAGGCUGAGCAGGAGCUUCUCGCUAAGUAAAGUAAGGCGAAGGCCCACCAAAAGAAGCUUAUCGAUGGUAAAAGCUCUCAUUCUGAAAGUCAUUCAGAGCCUCUCAAAUCUUUAUAUCCAAAUCAUAAUCAAGCUAAUAAUAAAUCUGCUAACACUCGCUCUAGAAAGUCUGAAAUUCACAACGAUGAACACGACAUGGACAUCGAAAACAUUCGUAUUUGUGACCAAAAAACUGAAAAUACUCUUUAAUUCUGUCAAUAAAUGAAUAAACACUCCCUUUAAUAAAGUGAUGACGAAGAAGGUGAUAUUAGCGAUGCUGAAAAUUCUUAGCAACAAGAUUCUGAGAUAGAUGAGGAACACCAAGAUGAAGAAUUAGAAUAUGACGAAGAAGAGUAAGAUGAAGAUGAAAAUGAGGAUGAAGAAUAAGAAAAUGCUGAUGAUUGUGAAGACAGUGAAAGCGAGGUAAAGGAUCAAGGAAUUGAUGAAGAAAGAAGAGAAGAAGAUAAUCAAGAAGAUGAUAAUGAGGAAAAGUUGUCAUUAAAAGAAUCUAAUUAAUCCUUAGAAGAAAAUAUUUUAAAAGCCUCUACUAAAUCAAACUAGUAAUAAUUGGGAGAUUCAAAUAAUUAAAACAAACUAAAUUGCAAGGAAUCUAAUAAAAUCGUUAAAAAGAGGAGUUCUUCAGUAGAUAAAUCAAAUAAAAAUUUGAAUUUUGAUUCCUAGAAUAAUAAUAAUAAUACAAAUAAUAAUAAAUUUGUGGACACUAUUAACAACAAAGUAAAAGAUGAAAGUGAUACUGAAAAUUAAAGUGAAUUAGCAAAGAAAUAAUAACCUUAAUAGCUUGCCUGUGAAAGUAAUAAUACUUCUGUCCCUCCUAUUCCUCUUUUAAAGAAAAAGUAAAAUAAAAAAAAUAAGAAAUAAGAUUAAGAAGAAAAUACAAACGAAGAAAAAUCUUAGGACGAAUAAGAAGAAAAAUAAUUAUAAGAAAAUAACGACGAAGAUGUCGAUGAAGAAGAUGAAUCUUGCUCUGGAGACGAUGACGAAGACAAUAAAAAUGAAGAAGGUGGUAAAGGCGAUGGUAGCAACUCAUCUAAAGCCAAAAAGAUGCCUUGGAGCGAAGAAGAAGAUAAAUUAGUUAUCCGCUUAGUUGAAUAGCAUGGUCCUUAAAAGUGGACUUUUAUUGCUUAACACAUCCCUGGUAGAAUUGGUAAGCAAUGUCGUGAAAGAUGGCAUAAUCACUUAAACCCAAAAAUCAACAAAGAGCCUUGGGGAGAUGAUGAAGAAUGGGUACUCUUUUUGUGUCACAAGCUUAAAGGAAAUAAAUGGGCUGAAAUUACUCAAUAUUUGCCUGGUAGAACUGAUAACGCUAUCAAAAACCACUGGAAUUCAUCCAUGAAAAAGCGUAUUCCUGAACUUUACUAACGCUUCGCUUACAUCAAGAGAGGAGAAAGCCCAGAAUACGACAUUACAUCAUAAUAUAAAAAAUUCGAAGAUGAAAUUUUAAAAUAAUUGUUAGCCAUGGCAGACGAAGGAGUUGAUUAAUAUUUUGUUUAAACAACUCGCAGAAGAAGAAAUAACAAUGCUAUUUCUUCUACCCCCACCAACAGUGGUGUUUCUGUGAAAGGAAGCAAAUUAAAGAGAGGAAACGAAAGCAAUGAAGAAAAGAAUGACGAUGAGGAAUAGGAGCUAAUCCAAGUUCCAUUAACCAAGAAAUUAUCUAAAGCUGCAUUGAAAGCUGCAGCCAAAUAAGCUGCUUUAGCAGAAAAGUAAUAGUAACAAUUGAAUGAAGAUAAUUUAAACAAUCACUUUACUCCUAUCAAUAACAACAAAUCUUCCAAUAAUAAUUUCAAAAAUAUCCCCAAUAGCGCUGCCGCAUCUACAGCUGAUGUCAAGGAAAUAAUUUAAAGAAUCCCACACAAUAUCAAAGAAUUUGAAAAUUUCCGUAAAUAAAUUAUCUAAUACUCUGAUGAAUAUUACUAACACCACCAUUUAUUGUAAUAAACUCCUAAUGAUAAGGAAUCCUCCCUCAAUUUACUCUCAGCUGAUAAAGGUAUGAACACUGAUGUCAAUUUGAGUGAUACUAAGCAUCUUGAAAAGAUACUUGAAACUCCUCUUUCUGUAGAAAAUUAUGUCUAAUAAAACCCUAUAUUUGCUGAUAUAGUCAGAAGUGCUCUUAAGUAUUCUUCAUGUUAAAAAAAUCUUACCUUUAUGUCUCAUGUCAAGAAAAGCAAUAGCAAUGUUUUAGAAGCAUCUGUAAAUAAUGAUCACAAUUAACUUUCUGCUACUUCAACCCUUCUAAACACCGUACAAUAAGAUAAAUCAUCAGUACCUAAUUUAGACUAAUCACCCGAUGAUGAUAUCUUAAGUUCAACUAAAAAUGGAAACGAAAAACUUAAAAAGAAGCGUGGUAGAAAACCUAAAUCUGUAAAAGAGCCAGAAAUCAGCAACUAAAUUGUUCCAAUCAAUACCAACAAUCCUUCUAAAAAUGUAAAUACUUAAAAUCCUAAUGGAAUAAAAAAGAUUAUGCAUGGUCCUCCUUAUAUGCACCCCAUGUAUAUGAUGAAUCCUCAUCAUCCUCAUCCUUAUUAUGCUAAUCAUCCCCACCACCCUGGUUAUUAUCCUCCUCCUCCACCACCUCAUAUGAUGGCUCAUAUGCAAGGUUAUCCUCACCCACACCAUAUGUAACACCCUAUUCCUCCUCCACAUAUGCAACAUCCUCAUUAUAGAUAAAUGGGUCAUCAUCAUCCUCCCCCUCCACCUCCUCACCACUAAGGCAUGAGAGGAAACACCAAUGGAUAAGGUCAUAUGAUGAUGCCUCCACCUCCCCCUCCUCAUCAUUUAUAAUAAAUGAGAAUGCGCCAUCCAGGAAUGGGACAUCCUCACCAUAUGUAUAUGGGUAGUAAUAUGAUGAGCUAGCACUCUGACAGCAGUGAAAACUCAAAUUUCUAAACACCUUAAAAAUAUUAAAAAACAAACUAAGGAGAUAGGUCUAUCUUUAAAUCAGUGACUCCUAUAAUCCCUCCUAACUCUGAAAAAUAGAUUAAGUUUGAAGAAAAGCAAAACAAAUAAAUCAAAUUAAACAAUUUCAAUAACGAUGACGAUUACAAUAACUUUAUGGCUAACAACUCAUUCUCUAAAGAAAAUAUCAAUCCUAACAUCUAAAGUUUAGCUUUACCCACUUCCAAGGAUUCAAAUCCUGUUUUGGGAGUAAGUAAUGCAGGAAACAACUCAACAAAUUCAAACAGUUCUGGUAAUAGUCAAUCUUCUUGUGGCAGCAGCAACAAUAACAAUAACAAUAAUAAUAACAACACUAGUAGCAACAACAACAACAACAAUAACAGUUCAAAUAACAAUAUAAUUAUUUAAAGCUAGAAUCAUAAUUUCAUUACACCCAAUAAAUAUGAAACUCCUUCCAAACUAUUGGAUUUCGACUCUGAGCCAAGAUUAAACUGCAAUUCUGUGGAUAAAUAUUUCAAUAUGAGAAACUUUAGUUCAAACCAUAAAUUAAAUAAUUUGUAUACAAAUCACAAUGUGAAUAAUUUCUAACAUUCUUCAAAUUCAGCCUUUAAGUGCUACCCUCAUAUAAAUAUGGAUUAUCAAGAUACUCCAAGUGCUAAAAAAUCGUCUUACUGUUGA